AUGGAUCGCAUGGGGAUGUUCCAGAUGCCCGGCCUGGUGCAACCACCGCUCACAGGCCAACCACCACAGAUCUUUGGCUACGAUGGCUUGACCAACUUGCAGCAGCUUCCACCAGACAUGACGGCACAGAUGUUUGCUGACUCCAACUUGCUGCUUGACGACAGCCAGGAUGCCAAGAGAAGGAGAAUUGCUAGGGCCUGUGACCAAUGUAGAAGGAAAAAGAUCAAGUGUGACGGCAAGCUGCCAUCGUGCACUCACUGCACUAACUACAAGACCGAAUGCAUCUUCACCCAGAUUGAAAAGAAAAGGGCGACGCCCAAAGGGGCCAAAUAUAUCGAAGCACUGGAGAACCGUCUAACCCGCAUGGAAAAGCUUCUUCGGCUAGCCGGCAUUCUCGUAAAUGAGGAUGAUGAUCUUGCUGAACUCGAGAAGCGACUUAUCGAAAAGUCAGGACAUCCAGCAGCCGUUGCUCCAAGCUCCGGCCCCUCCUCGCCUUCUCGCCUUACGUCGGAAAGCGACGCUACAGCUUCCCCCAGAAGCUCCGUCACAUCUCCCGGCAGCCUUCAGGGUGAGGAGGAAGUCGAGGCUUUGUCUGAGAUGAUGUGCUCCCUGGUGACAAAUCACUGCGGAGAAACCAGAUAUAUUGGCUCUUCUUCCGGGUUUUCCAUCUUCUCGCCCAAGGGUGUCCAAUGGAUCAACAACAAGACUGGCGACGCCACUUUUCAGAAUAUGAUCUCUGAAGUUUCCGAGGACGACCACAAGUGGACAAAUUGGAAGCCUGAAAUAUUCAGCGACCUGUUUCAGCGACCCGUCUUCCGACCCCUACCGUCAAAGCCCGAGGCCAUGUCCCUGCUCAAGGACUUCUUCGAAAACUUCAACUUCGAACGCCAGUACUCCGAUGAUCCAUACCAGGGCUCCGGUUGGUGGGCCAGUCUCAACUGUGCUUUAGCCAUCGCUCAUCGCCUGCGCGUCAUGAGCAACCUGGUUCCACAAGAGGAGGAUGAAAAGGCAUGGGGUUAUCUGAAAAACGCAAUGAGCGUCUUUGCCGAGCUCACCAUGCGCAACACGGACCUGCUGAGUGUCCAGGCCCUGCUUGGAAUGGCGCUCUUCAUGCAGGGUACACCCAACCCUCAGCCAACCUUCCUUUUGAUUGCCGCUGCCAUUCGACUUUCGCAUAGCAUUGGCCUUCACAAAAAGGGAACGGGAUUCAACCUCAACCCCAUUGAAAUCGAGCAGCGCAAGAGGGUGUUUUGGAUUGCUUACAUGCUGGACAAGGAUCUCUGCCUGAGAUCUGGGCGUCCUCCUGCCCAAGACGAUGACGACAUGAACGUCGAACUUCCCGACGCUGACCCUGAGGAUAACAUCGGAAACAUUCCUCUGGCAGAUGGAAAAGGCAAAAUGAACUUGUUCCGGGUCAUGUGCGAAUUCGCCGUCAUCGAAAGCAACGUAUACAAGAGACUAUAUUCAGCCAAGGCGGCAAAGCAAUCCGACGGCGAGCUUCUUGCUACAAUUGGGGAGUUGGAUCAAGAGCUAGAGGAAUGGAAGGACAGAAUCCCCAUUGACUUCAGGCCUGAACAUGAAAUUAGGGCUUCUCACACGCCCCUUAUCCUCCACAUCGUCAUGGUUCAUUUCACCUAUUACAACUGCUUGACGACGAUCCACCGCAUGUCGAUUCACCAUGGAUUUUGGACAAGCCGACUGGCCAACUACGCAAUCUCGGGCCAGAAUGUGCGGCCGCUGAACCCUAGAGUGUUCUCGUCUGCUAUGCUCUCAACAGCGGCAGCACGGGCAUCUAUUGCUCUACUCAAGUAUAUUCCACAAGGAGACUUUUCUUGUGUCUGGUUGAUUUUGUACUUCCCAGUAUCGGCACUCGUGACUCUUUUCGGCAAUAUCCUUCAAAAUCCUCUCGACCAGCGGGCGAAAUCGGAUGUUCGACUAAUGAAUCUCGUCGUCACCUUCCUCUCGAUGCUUGGCCAAGAGGCAGAGCAAGGUGGUGUCCACAGAAUGCUAGGCAUCUGCUCCGAAUUCUGUCGCAUCGCUCAGAGAGUUAUUGAAAAGGCUGAGAGAGAGCAAUCUUCCCGUCGCAAGCGCAAGCCCGCGGAAACUCCAGCAAACGCCAAGUCGACAACCCCAGCAUCUUCGACCCAUUCUCCGCAGCACACAGGCAGCACCGCAACGACGACGCCGCAGUCCCAUGCCCACGACACCCUAUCGCCCGAGUUUGCUGCUGCUCGUUCAUAUCAAAGUGCUGCGAAUAAAGCUACACCGUCAGGGUCGUCACCGUCACUCGACCCCAUGGGAUGGGCACAGGAUUUCCAGGUUCCCCAGGAGAUGGAGUUUGAAUCCUUUGAGGAAAUGACCGGGUUCGGCGGUGACCUUCAGUCGCCACCGGCGCCCAACGGCCGUGGUUUCCAGCAGCCUUUGCUCCCUCAAGAUCUGUUUUCCCUAUCAAUGAGUCUUGAUUGGAACUGGGUCGAGAUGAGCGGAGGGGCGUAUCCCACGGUCGAAAAUGGCAACUUUGGUGGCCUUGAGAAUACCGGGGUCCUUGAUCCAAGACAGCAUCAACAGUGA